UGAGGGGCUGCAGGAACGAGGAUCUAUAUCGCGGUGCUUUUGGAAGGGUUCUGGAAAUAAAUCAUCUCAUUUUGAAACUUUUGCUCGUCUGUGUGUGCGCUGAAUGACAGAAGCGCGCGCAGGCCUCCAGAAGCGAACCGGGACUUGCGAGAACUGGGGAGCUUGAAUCGACCCUGAAACUUUUCAGAUCUGAACAUUCCCGGCUUGUUGUGGACGUCCUCGGUGAGCUGCUUUGUGGCGCCUCGCUGACUUCAAGUCCUCCACUGUGACAUGAUAUGAAAGCAUCAAGGAGUAACCUGGUCCUGACGCCGCGUGAUGGAAUUACCGAAGCCCCGAUGAAGUCUGACAUUUUUAAGAUUCAUUCUUCCUGGAGAUGGCAAGUCGUUCCAUAUUGAUGGAGCGGACAGUGGUUUUUAUUUGCAGCGUAUUGAUCCUAAUCAUCGGCUUAUGUGUCGGGUCUCCAAACCACAGCCGCCGGCUGGUCUGCUGGAAAGCCAUCCUGAAGUGCCACGGGGAGCCGGAGUGCCAUUACGCGUAUGAUCAGUACCUUUAUGCCUGCGCGUCUGUCAUCAAUGGGGACCGUAAGAAGUGUCCCAGUCACUGCAUAUCCUCUCUCAUUCAGCUCAACCUAACCCAAAGCGGCCCGGCUCUGGAGGACUGCGACUGCGCCCUGGACCCGGUCUGCCGGAGCACCAAACAAGCCAUCGAGCCGUGCCUGCCGAGGACCAGCACCAUGGGCUGCACCGAGGCCCGGCGCCAGUGUGAGAUGGACCUGCCCUGUAGCUCUGCUAUGAGGGAUUAUUUAUUCCACUGCAGGAAACUUUUCGGGGGAGAAAGGUGCUCGGAUGGGUGCCGCAGGGUGAUAGCCAACAUGCGCUCCAUACCCAAAGCGCAGCAGCUGGACACAUGUGUGUGCGACGGCACGGAGAGAAACAUAUGCGAGUACAUUAAAGUCAGCAUGAAAACGUUCUGCUCCGAUUCUGCUGACAGGUUCGCAGGAAGCGGCUUCUCGGACUCUGAGGAGGAUUCUGAGGACGACUACAUCGACCAGGAAGUUUAUCAGUACGUGGAAAACUCCAGUGACUCCAAACCCUGUCAGACAGCGCUGAACGUCCUGACCACCAUCCUGGUUUUAACCAAAUUAAUCUGAAAAUCUAGAAAGUCAGUGUUCUGUCUCACAGUGACUCACACCAGAGGUCAUUAGAACGAGUCUUUGCUGUCACCAGCCACGUUUGUCAUGAAAAGAACAUUUUGGCCAGUUCAAGUUUCUGCUCCAGAUCUGCAGAAAUUCACACAGUUCAGGAUAUUUGCUGUUUGUUGCUCAUGUGAAAAGCAUGCAAAUGAAGCCACAUCCAAACAUGUUCUGAUGAUGCUGAAGGAGCCUAUUUUUGUAUGUCAGCUAUAUAAAGAUAAAUUGUACAGUAUAUUGUAUAAACUGAUUUUUUUCCCAAAUGUUUAUGAGUGACAAGAGAUUUGCACUGUAUGAAUAGGUGAGUCACACUAUUUUACUGCAUUAUGACCACAGAGGAAGGAAAAAUGUUUUGUCUAAAAGUGCCUAAAAGUCUUUUUACUGUUCUUUUAUUCACCACUACGUGACCAUAUCAGAGGCGUGCACAGCAAUUUUCCCUCGCCAGCCGUACAGAGACUUUUUCCACAACCCCGUCAUUAAAAACCAAAGUUGAUGUAAGCCGCUGCAAUGUGUCGAAAUCCCGCUGCAUGAUGCAUCUGAAAACGAGAAGCUCUUAAGAGUGACACACUUGACCUCGUAAACAUGGAUGUUUGCAAAAGGUAUUAAGUGUUCAUUCUUGAAAAGUGUUCCAACAGCGGGAGGCAAACUCCUCCUCUUGGGGGAUUUGCAGCACAAACGGAGCCGAGAGGCGUUCGGUCGGUUUGUUUAUCCUCAGCCCUGUGUGUGUGUGUGUGUGUGUGUGUGUGUGUGUUAGAGGUCUUCACAAAGACACACUCAGA